ACUAUUAUCUGUCAGAACCCUGCUACUAGAGCCUGGAUGUGGCUCUGAGUUUCAGGGUCACUGACAUUGAUAAGACACCUGCGUCCCAGGACUCGGAGGAGAAACGGCUGAUGGACUUGGCGGGGAAUUUGCGCGGGGUUUUACUGAGCGGGAAGAGACUGUUCAAAUGAGGGGGAGGGUAUAUAAAGGAGGGUUGGCCGGAGCCUCCCAUUCUUGGCUUUUCUGAUGUUCAUGUUUCCUACAGUAAAAGUUCCUGGUGAUACCACAAAGAGUCUCGUGUGUUCAUUCAGGAGCGGCUGUGGUGAGCUGACACUAAGCCAAGAAUACGGACACCAUCCCGCUGUAGCGGUGAGGUGUAACAUGCAAGUGGAGGAUGAAGAGCUCUUGGGCGCCGGAGGAGGAAGGUCGGAAAGGGCCACUCCCGAGACGGACGCUGAGUUCCACCAGCUGGCGGCCCUGGCGUCAUCCACCGCUUAUGCCCAGCCAAAUGGGGUAACCCAGAGGCGCGGAGUGGUGCGGGGAGAUAGCACCGGAGGAGAGGAAGGUUCACCUUCCCCAGGCCCGCAAAAGAUGGUGUUUCUGGAGGAGAGGAUGUCGGCGAUGGAGACCACCCUGGCAGUGAUGUCGAGGGCGAUGGAGCGCCUGGCGGUUUUGGCGGAGCCGGAGCGAGGAAGGGAACUCCGGGCUAGCUCAAUGUGGGACGUGAGCAUGGGAAGCAGCCAGGGCUUUGCAGACCUCCCAGCACCGAAGGGAAGGGAAAUGCGAAAGGAGCCCGGUGCCCGGCCCAAGAUCCAAACGAGCCUGACGCGGGUGGAGGAGAGUGACGACGAAGGGGAAAAGCCUCCGAGAAUCCCGGCUACGCUCCCAACUGAGACCCUGGUGCCCCUGGCGAAUGCCGGGCGUGGCACAGGACAAAGGGAAGCAGCAGCGGGGCCCACUGGCCCGCAAGGGGGCUUGCGACGGGCGGAGGAUUGGGGAUUGCCACCACAGGGACCCCUACCGAGACGAGAGGAACUAAGGAUCGAGUUUGGGGGAGAGUCCUCUGAACUGGAUUUUUUCCUGACCACGGUGAGGGGCUAUAUGGAGGACAAUGCCCACACUUUUAGAACGGAAUCCAGCCGGGUACGGGCCAUUGGUGCAGUGUUGAAGAGGGGAGCGGCCAGCUGGUACGUUCAACUACACGCGCGGCGCGACCCAUGUCUGGGGUCACUCCGACGCUUUAUGGGGGCCCUGGAGACCCGUUUCCGAGAUCCACUGGAGCAGAUCCGGGCGAGGGAGGAGUUGAAGACCGUCUCCCAGGGGCAGAGGUCGGUAUCUGAGUAUGAGGAGGAGUUCCAAUGCCUCGCUGAAAAGGUGCCGGAAUGGUCUGCAGUGACAAAGAUAGAACUCUUCAAAGAGGGGCUCAGGCGGGAGAUCCUCUCCUGGGCGGUGCAUCGUGAUGAGCCUGACACGCUGCGCGGAUGGAUUCAGCUGGCGGGGCGCAUCGAAACAUCGCUGGCCCAGGCGAGGAGGCACCGAGGAGGGCUACAGCAGCGGCCGCAGAUGAAAGAGGGGAGCCGGAAGGAGGGAUCAACCCCAGCCGGGAGGAGAACGGAGCCGACAGGGAACGUGAGCACCAGCAGGAGGGGCUGCUUCGUGUGCGGCCGUUUGGGCCACAGGGCUGCCGAGUGCUGGCAGAGAAAAGGGGAAGGCGGAGGCCCGCCCAAACCAAGAGCCGUGGCAGGGAAACGCGCCGAGGAAGAACCACCGAUGAGGCACCACUCGGGGGGGUUGGACGAAGGGGAGGAGGACGCCAUGUCAGAACCCUGCUACUAGAGCCUGGAUGUGGCUCUGAGUUUCAGGGUCACUGACAUUGAUAAGACACCUGCGUCCCAGGACUCGGAGGAGAAACGGCUGAUGGACUUGGCGGGGAAUUUGCGCGGGGUUUUACUGAGCGGGAAGAGACUGUUCAAAUGAGGGGGAGGGUAUAUAAAGGAGGGUUGGCCGGAGCCUCCCAUUCUUGGCUUUUCUGAUGUUCAUGUUUCCUACAGUAAAAGUUCCUGGUGAUACCACAAAGA